AUGUCUUGCGCCAACGGACAUCCACCUCCUGGAUUUGACGCCCCCUGGUUUCCUCAGCGAGUCUAUCUCGGCAAACCUCCUAGCCUAGAAGAAGCCCUCUUAGAACACAAAAAUAUGCUCUGGGAAAAAGCUGCUUCCGGCUACUACGCAACAGACUGGCUCAGAGCCCCCAGAAUUAACACCAUGAAAGAAGAAAUCCGACCCUACCUCCCCGGCAUCGAGGGAGACCCUUCAAGUGCCAUCACCAUCAAACCAUGGACCAAAGGAUACAUCAAUCGUAUAUACGAAGUCAAGUCCCCCGAUCUGAGCACUCCUUGUAUCCUACGCGUUUCUCUGCCGGUGGAUCCUUGGUACAAAGUCGAAAGCGAGGUUGCCACUAUGCUGUAUGUUGCGAAGCAUACAUCGAUUCCCGUUCCGCGCGUCUUUGCGUUCGACCCGUCGACGGAUAAUCCUAUUGGGUUUGAGUGGAUUCUUAUGGAGAAGAUGUCGGGUGUGCCGUUCAAUAAAAGUAACACUCUGUCUAUACAGCAAGAGCGAGAGGCUUUGAUGCAGGUUGCGGGUUGGUUACAUCAACUCGAGAGUCUUAAAUUUGACAAGAUCGGCUCUAUUUUUUACGACUGGGAAAAGGGCACGUUUGACGUUGGGCGUGUUGUGGAUCCGUUUUUUAUGUGUGCUGGUCGUGUUGGGGAGGACUUUCAUCGCGGUGCGUAUAAGGACUUGCGGGAGUUUUUGAUGGCUAAGUUUGAUCUUACUUUGAGGAUGUGUCGAGAUCCGAAGAAUAUCCUGGAAGCAGCGGAGACGGAACUCAAAUGGGAAGCUGAUCGAAUGGAAGAAGAAAUACAAGGACUAUUAGAAGGAGAAGGAUCAGGCGAGGAGCAGAAGAAUGGCGUUGGAAAAAUCAACGAAGACAAGGAUCAAACGAAUGGUCACGAGCGAGUUGAGGAAGAUAAAGGCGAGCAUAUUAAGGAAAACGAGAAAGAGCAGGUCAACAAAGACUUGACGGUGGCCGAAGACAUGAGUAUUUGGUAUCUCCCAGUCCAUCUCUCAGACAUCAUCCCCAAGGAAUGUUCCGCAUUGGCAGAAAUUAUCCCCCUCCUUCUCGGGCGUCCUGGAGCCCCUCCAUCUCCUUAUCUAUCACAUCACGAUCUUCACGGAGGAAAUUUCUUGGUCGAUAAGAAGACCGGUCGUCCUACCGCACUCUUGGACUAUGAAAUGAUGUAUCCGAUGCCUCGCUUAUGCGAUUGGUACUCGGAUAAGCACUCGAAGCAAGCCGGUCUACCAAAAGUUCUUAGAUGGAUAAUAAAUCAACAUUGGGUUUCUGACGAAAAAGCGGUGUCAGAUGUUGAUCGCGAGCAGUUUAAGGACGAGUUUCUGGAGGUGGUGAGAGGUGGGAGUCAAGGUGAGGCUGUGGAUUUGAAUGAUGGUUAUGAGGAUCCUGAUGUUUGGAGGCUUGUUAUUAUUAUACUUGAACAUUGGGUAGGAUUGGGCCAAAAUGCGGAGGACGUGCUUAGAUUUUGUGUACGGGUGAAGAAGAAGAGAGGAAUUAAAUAA